UGACAAGCAAUACGGAGGACAGGGAAGAGAGAACGUGAGCGCGCCCAGCACAAUCGAAUAGCACUCGCUACAAGGACCGACGACGCGACCAUGAACGGACGUGGACCGAUGCCCUGCCGGUUUGGCGUGGACUGCCACAGGAAAGAUUGUUGGUACUCUCAUCCCGCAGGGCGGUCAAUCGAUGCAGGCGGCGGCGGCGGCGGCGGCGGCGGCGGCGGCAGCAACAGUCACGGUGCGAUGCCCAACGGAAGCAAUGGUGCAAGCGGUCCAUCAGGCAGGGCUGUUGGUGGCGGCGGCGGAGGUGGCGGUGCGAGACCUGGGAUGGUGCCUGGCGGGAUGAUGCCUCACGCAUAUCCCAGGCCAGCGGGAGGUGGUGGGAGAGGGGACAGGGGAGGAGGAGGAGGAGGCAACAACGAGUGUCGCUAUGGGUUCCAGUGCAAGCGCGAGGACUGCCACUUCAGCCAUCCGCUUGGCCGGGCGAUUGACGGCGAUGGCGGCGGCGGUGGUGGUGGCGGCGUCGGCGGCAGGAGACCUGCACUCAACCGCGGCACGAGUAACAACAGCGUUGGCUCUGCCACCAGGGGCAUGUCGGAGUUGUCGUUCGGCUCCUAUCCCCCUGCCAACGCCACAGACGAUGAACAGGACCUCAGGGACACGUGGUUCCCCAAGGCUCGCGACUGCACGUGCUGCAAGGGCUUCGUGUACGGCUGCACCGCCGACAUCUGCGACUCCAUGGGACAGUGCACGUGCAGCAUUGAGGAAGCAGACCUGGACGGCAGCAGCGACGUCGCCUCAAAUAUCUCGAGGACGGACUCCCCGCACUUGGGGAUGGCAUGCAACGGCAGCCCGAUGGGACCUGGGGAGGGGUGGACACAGCCACCGCAGCCCCCUACAGAGUCAGUCCUAGCGGCGGCGGCGGCGGCGGCGGCGCCACCUGCGCCCGCAGGGGGGGGCGGGGGGCGACCUAGCGCGGGCAGGGGGGCGGGGGGCGGUCCGGAAUGCCGCUACGGCACGGGUUGCAAGCGGGCGAACUGUUCCUUCGGCCACCCACGAGGUCGCAAGAUGGACUCAGACGGGGUUACGUUCGGCGAUUUCGGCGGUGGUGGUGGCAGCGGCGGCAGCGGUGGGAGGGGGGCGGGGGCGAGAUCAACGGCCCAACAGGACCUCAUGGACACUUGGUACCCGGACUGUCGCGAAUGUUCCUGCUGCAAGGGCUUCAAGCACGGCUGCAAGACUCCGGCUUGUGAGAGCGCCGGUCUGUGCGCUUGUUCCUCCGGCGGCGGCCCGGUGGUCCCCAUCUCCAGUGUCGCGGGACCCCCCUCCGCGGGCGGGGGAGACUCCGCGGCGAAAGAGGCGGCCGCCGCCGACGCGACUCGCACGGGAGCGGGGGGAGAGGCAACGCCUCCUUCACCGCAGGCAACGGCGUAGGAUAACGGAGGGGAUAGAGUAUCACAGGACAGGACGGUGGUUGCUCGCCGGUUUCUCAGUUCGUGGGCCGCGGCGUGUGGAAAAGGGUGAGGAUAACCGCGCUUAAAGCGGUAGUUACCGUUUAGUUGGGGUCCGAUCGAUUAUAGAGUGUUGAGUCGGGCGUGUGGCCGAAGAGGGCGCGAGGACACCGCCCUUUGCGAUCUUUGUCGGGUGCGGCGGAGGUGAGGGAAGCCGGUCGUCGCUGCGGUCGGCACUGUUUCUCGGGUUUUUGUAUGCAUGCGCAGGAAAAUGAAGUGCUGUAGUAGGCCUGAAGUCACCGGGAGCGUUCGCGCGGUGGCGGCUUGCCGAUCUUCCAACUUGCAAACCGUAACCAAAGUUACGGCGCUUUCGCGUGUUUGGCGUGUGUACAGGUGGCGCCUCGUGGUGUUGCGUUCGAUGGGGCGUUUCGCUUGCCGAUAUGUGUUGUCGCCUUUGUGUCCGAACGUGCCCCUCCAUCGGCACUGCUGUUGUCAUGUUUGCUAGACGGCAGGCACCGUGCAAUGUAGGGGUGAAACAAACGCGGCAUUUGGUGCUUGGUUCUGUUGUAUGUCAUGUUUUACCUCCGUUGGUUGUCGUUUGGUGUGCGAGAGGAGGCAGCGGAAGAGUUUAACUCGUCCGAAAUUUGCGCAUAGCAGAUGGACAGCCGGAACAAGACCAGGUGUCAUUGCCGGAGUAGGUGCGUGCAUGUUGUGGAAUACCGUGGAUGAGAAACGUUGGGCAAAAAGUCGUUGCGACCAAAGAAGAUUUAGUGGGUAGGUUUCAGGACUCCGUGCAUCACGAUAGUCCAAAAGCGGCUGCUGUUCGGCGGGCGCCCGUAAUCGGAGGUAGUGCACCCCGCGAGGCCCGGAACGUAAUGCAUACCUCUGCUCAAUCGGAGAAAUGCUUCCCAAGCUCCUCAUUUUGUUAAAGUGUUGCGGCUCGAUGGUCGCCCUACACCAAACGCAUUUUGGUUUACCGCUUGCUCGCAUGUGCCUGCUGGAUAUGUUGAUGAGUCGUGCCCAAAGCGUCACCUUCACCAUAUAUACGUACGAACGAACCCUUUCCGCACCGAUAUUCAAAUUCGUGAACAGGGGAUGUGGGCAGAGACAGCAAGUAGCCUGUUGGUUUUGUUUUUUUCGUUUGUUCCCGUCCGGUGGAAAACAAGUGGAUCGACAAAAGCGCAAAGUUGAGGCACCAUCGACUUUACUUGCCCUGUUUUCAUAUAAAAAGGACUUCCCUCCGAGAAUCUUGUCUUACUCGACCGCUCGGGCAUUCUUAACAGUUACAAACCUCCGUUCGAUCGUCGAGAAUAGUUGCAGCUGUCAUCGAGGUGUGUGCAGUUAGCCUGUGUGUGAUGGCAGGGUCUCCGUUUCAUUCGUCAUUGGAGCAAGAUUACCUACGUCUCUCGCAAAACUGGCAAGUACUCAAGGCGGUGUGGGAAGAUGGGCACAAGCAAGAGAAGCACAAGAAAAAACAUUUUUCUCCCCUCGAGGGUCAAAGUGCUACGUAAGGAGCGGUCAGGGGAGGGAGGCCGGGUUUGUUCACACAUGAAUCAGCGCGUCCCACGUGACAAAAAGCGUGUGGGCUUGCGCGGAGCAUAUCUGGCUCAACGCUACCUGGUAGAUGCUUCAAAGCACAAACAACGUCAGCAUGGCACGCUCCCGAAAACCUCAACGCGUACCAGGCGUGGUAACCUAGCAUAGUCAUUUCGAUCUCUAAUGUGUUGCCGUUGCUGUUGCUGCUGUUGUCACCGACGAACACUAUAUAAGCUGACCUGCGUGCGCCGCCGUGGACCCGCUCCGUCAAUGACAACGGAAAUGGCCCGAACACUCACUCUCCGCCCCCAACACCAGCACCAUUGGUCACGACGAAGGAUUCGCGGAAUCCUGUACCGCCAGCAGUGCGCGAAUUUGAUCGAACAAUACUUCGCGGAAUACCUGCAGAAGUGCGCGAAAUUGAUCGGACAGCAAAGUUGACGAAGAAUUGCGCGAGCAAACAGACCGUCUCGGCAACGUCGUGGGCAACAAAUGCCGAUUCCGAACAGGCCGAAAAGCUGAACAACGAAGUAUUUUCUUGCUCUUCAAGCGGUGCGGCGCCGCUCUUGCAACUGGAAAAAUCACCCCAACCGGAUUCGAUUUUCAAAGGAUCGGAUGGCGCGUGCGAAUCGACACCACUCCUCCAAGCACCGAUACGAUAGGCCUGAUAUCAACCCAUCGCCAAGUUAAUGCACAGGAGGAGUGGCCUCGAUAAAGCUCCAGCUCUGGUCAUUGCUGUCCAACUGUUUGGCGGUCCAGCCGAACGGCACUUCCUAUUCUGAUAUCAGUCCAUCGAAAGCAACGUAGACAACAGAUAGCGCCCGCACUUCAGAACUUAGCAGUUAAGAAAUUGAGACUCGCAAAAAAUCAGACGCUAAGAACUCGAGCACCAGUUGUGAGCUCGGUUAAUAGCUAGUAAGGCACAAGGGCGAGGAGAAGGCCAGCCGACAACGAGCCAUCAAACGAGGAGACAGCGGGCCCAAAAAUAGUCUAGUACGGCACCAAUCAACGGGGCGGGAGGGGGGCGGGAGGAAACGGCGCGGGAAGAAAGCAAGCGAGAAGAGACCGACCGCGUGACGUGACAUGUUGCGGUUGAAUUUCAGCGACUAGUUUUUCUGUUGCCCUCUCCCCCGUUUGCUGUCGCGUUCAGACUGUCUCUACGGAUAUCCCUGUCUCUGUGCGAGUUUGUUUAUGUCCUCGUCUGUCUUUGGUUUAUUUCGUUUUUGUUUUGUUUUUUUACUGGCACGUACUGUUGAUCCUUGGGGUCCUUCCGGAAGGCUACCCCCCAGGCUGGUGGUGCGCACGUUCC